AUGGAGCCACCAGAGCCGGCACAGCAAAAUGGGGGAAACUCUGAGGCGGAAGAGAAAUUUGAAGAUGCAACUGAUGUGAAGGAGGAGCCUCAACCAGACACCUCUCGCGACGAUCAUUCUGCCUCCGUUCCCAGCAGCCCUGCCGACACGCCGCCGGCUCCCGAGCCUCAAUUGCCCGCAUCCUCACCAUCUGAAGCCGAAUCACACAAUCAAGAUAGUUCGCAGAGCUCAGAAGCGGAGGAACCAGCGAAUGAGUCUGAAACCCCGCCAGCCGACAGUUCAAGUUCCGCAGUACCACCCUCUGAGGUUCAACCAGUACCUUCCCUCAAAGCUCCGGAGGAGUCGCCCGACCAGACAAAGGAACCAGAGAAAAUAGAACCCCCCAAACCUCCUCCCCGUCCGUCGAGAUUUCAGGGAUUCUCAGCUUCUCUACCCUCCGUCUCAUGGGGUGCACCGCCAAACAGAAAAGCUUCCGAUGCACGAGCACCUUCACCGCAGCCGCCACCUCCUCCACCUCCGCCUCAAACGUCCUCCUUUGGCCGUAAAGUGACAACGCCUUUUGGGUGGCUAAGCCGGGCCACAUCCACACAAAAGGAGACUCGUUCACCUCCGCUAUCAUCAAAAGCACAACUCGAUGCUCGCCGGAAUACUGCCGCGUCAACGUCUACGCUAGGAAGCAAUCCAGAACUGAUUUUGAAAGCACUAGACGAGACCCAAGAUGGAUCGAAUGGCCAAAAACAGCCGUCGAGAGCCUCUCUACGCGAGCAGUUCAAGAUGCUGCGGCUUCGAGAAGAGGCGGGUAUCACAAGCCUGGAAGGCACGGACAGCGCAGAGGGUGGCGCAAUAGCCGGACUGAUAGGACGAUCAGCGAGCCUGGGGGUCGGUAUUGCUACACCAGGCAGUGUCGGUCAGGAGGAGGCUUUGAUUACGACACCAGUCAUGUCACCAUCGUCACCAAUGACAGAAUCAGUACCGGUUAAUCCCAACCUUGCUCAAGGCACUGUCGCCGGGGUGGCAGCAUCCGCGGCAGACACAGCAACACCGAUUGAUUGGGAUUUCUGGCAGAAUGUUGUGAAUGAAGGGCCUCAGGCUGUGGCCAAAACGAGUCCGGAUGAGUUCACGCAGGCCAUCAGCGGCGGCAUUCCCCAAACGAUCCGGCCAGUCAUAUGGCAAGUUCUCGCUGGCAGUAAAAACGAAGAGCUGGAAGCUGUCUAUUGGGAUUUGCGGAAUCGUGGGACAAGCGCAGAAGUGAAGGAGCCGCCCCCAAAGUCACCAUUGCCCAACGGUCACCACGUCAACGGCAGUGCGAAGGAGAAAGAAUCCGUCGCGUCAUCACGAUCCUCAAUCCGAUCGGAUCAUUCGACACCGGCUACUAGUGCUACUGUCGGCCUUGCCUCUCCUUCACCCUCCCAAGAGCAGGGAGACCCCAUGGUGGCUGCGAGGCUCCAGACUCAAUUGGCAGCCGAGAAGGCCAAAAAGGCCAAAGAAGAUUCGGCUGCGCUGGCCAAGCUUGAGAAGAUGAUAAAGCGAGACAUGGGAUCGAGAACCUCAUAUUCCAAAUAUGUGGCAGCAGCAGGUCUACAAGACGGACUCUUCCACGUCUGUCGAGCGUAUGCACUCUUCGAUGAUGCGGUGGGCUAUCCUCAAGGCAUGAACUUCAUUGUUAUGCCUUUACUUUUUACUAUGCCCGAAGAGGAGGCGUUUUGUCUUUUGGUCCGGCUGAUGAACAAAUAUCAACUGCGAGAUCUGUUCAUUCAGGAUAUGCCAGGUCUACACCUGCAUCUUUACCAGUUCGAAAGAUUAUUAGAAGACCUGGAACCAGCCCUGUACUGUCAUCUCAACAGGCGGGGCGUCAAUCCGAAACUCUACGCAACACAAUGGUUUUUGACGUUGUUUGCCUACCGGUUCCCCUUACAACUUGUCAUGCGUGUUUUCGACCUGAUUCUGUGUGAAGGUCUUGAGGGGGCAAUAUUGAAGUUUGGUAUGGCGGUCAUACAACGCAAUGUCCAGACGCUUUUGGCCAUGAACGACAUGCAAGCGUUGACUAACUUUCUCAAAGAAAAGUUGUUUGACGUAUACACCGACGCGACGCCAUCAUCAAAGUCGAUACUGGAGUCUGGGUUUUUCGGCAGUUCAGGUGGCUCGGAUACUGAAGUGUAUCGAGCAGAUCUGCUUGUUCAAGAUGCUUGUGCUGUCAAGCUCACGCCUGAGAUGCUAGCCCGAUAUCGCGAGGAGUAUGAAACCACAACCAAAGCCGAACGAGCCCGUGAGACAGAGCUCGAAAAUCUCCGAACUGAUUGCGCCACCAAAGCUGCUCAAAUCCGGUCUCUGGAAAAGCGUGCCGAAAAGUCGGACGCUGAACAUGUUGAGCUUGCGAAUGAGCUUGUCAGACUCAAGGUCGAGAACAACGACCUUUUGGACAGAAACGAAAGCUUGACUGGACAGGUUGAGGAGCUGAAAAAGGUGGCUCAAACAGAAGCCGCCAAUGUCGAAGAGAGGAUGAGAGCCGGCACUGAACAAGUCAUGCAACGCAACAUCGAAGUACAAAAUCAGAAUCGUCACAUGGAAGAACAGAUGGCUGAAAUGGAAAAGGAGCUCGUGGAGAUGAAGAUGAAGUAUGCUGAGCUUAAUGGCGAACACGAAGCGCUCAAGCAGAAAUGGAACGACUUGAAGCGAGCUCUUGAAUGA